AUGGCUAAAUCCUUUAUCACCUUUCUCCUCCUCUCCCUCAUCGCCGCCGCCUCCGCCGCCGCGCCGGCGCAGUCUCCGGCGCCGCCGCCGGAGGACUGCCUGAGUUUGAUGUUCAACAUGAUGGAUUGUUUAUCGUAUCUCGCCACCACCGACGAACCGAAACCCGGACCAAUAUGUUGUAAUGAGUUUAAGGCCGUGGUUUCGGCCAAUGCCGGGUGCAUUUGCUCGGCGCUCGCCGAUUUUCCGAGCAUGGGCAUCGAGAUCAACAUGACGAGGGCUAUCGAUAUCUCGCCGGAGUGCGGAGUUUACGAUUUUUCCAUUAUCGACUGUCCCGAACAUAUUUCUGCUGCUCCGGCACAAUCCCCAGUGAGCAAUGGUCCGAGUUUUACUCCGGUAGAAUCUCCGGCGUCUAGUUCAUCGACAUAUGCUCCUGCUCCAGCUCCGGCGCCGGCACCAACAAAGAGUCCCGCCGGACGUCUGGCAAUUUCCGGCGGCAUUUAUGCUAUUUUCUUUUUCUUAAUCGUAAAUUUUUAUUAUCUAUUAGUUUGAAAUUAAUAUCUUCUAUUUUCAUUUUUUAGUAUCAUAUUUUAGGAUUCUAAUUUUUGCUUUUAGUCGAACUUCUUGAUUAUUAUUUAUUCCUAAUUUUUCAGUCAUUGUAGA